AUGACGGAAAUUUCGACUAUCUACAAACUCUCUCUGAUUGCGUUUAUUUACGCACUACAAGUGUACGGCACACCGUGUCCGGUUCUGGAGUGCUGGUUCGUUCAGGAGAAGCCAGGUCGAGGUGGGGGGUUUCCAGCCGCUAUGAGCCAGGAGAAGUCCAUGCUGUACAUCAGAACCGACCCAGGCAGCACAGGAACCGGGUCAAAGCAGAAUCCACCAAAAGACAUCAACCCCGCAAGAGUCUACUAUGUCACUGACCCAGGUGCCUCUUUGUGCAGUCCUGCCCUUUGUCCACCAGAGGGCGAUGUUCAGAAGCCCCACUGUGAAAUAAAUCCCUUCCUGCCACAGCCUGCUCUGGUCAAGUGGGCAGCUCCACUCACCGACUCCGCCCACAGUCCCAUCUACCUCCAAGCUGAUUGGCUGUCAGCCUCACUGCAGGGCCUUGACGGACAGCUGACCCUCUCCACUGUAAUGAGAGCUCCUACAGCCACCAACAAACCCAGUGUGAUUCUCAGUGUAUCCAGCAGAACGGUCUCGGUCCGCUCCAGGCUGGGGGAACCUGUGCUGCUGGACUGUGGGUUCUGGACCGAUUCCUCCUCACCCCUCUCCGGGUCCGGGUUCUCGGUGGAGUGGCAGUACCAGUUCCGGGGUGAGGGCCGGCUGGUCCUGGCCUACGACGGCAAGAGCGACCGAUUGGCCGAGACCGCAGAGGACAGGGCGGAGCUGAAUUUCACCGCCCUGCAUCAGACAGGAAACGCAUCACUGACCCUGCAGGAAGCGCAAGUCAGACACUCUGGGACUUACAUCUGCACUGUGUACUUACCAUAUCUGCUGGCUCAGGUGGCCAUAGACCUGCAGAUUGAAGAGCCCCCCUCCCUCUCCAUCUCCCCCGCCACCCUCCCCAUCUUGUUCCCUGAACAGUCCAUCUCCCUGCAGUGCGAGGCCGCCGGCUUCGCCCCCCACCUGCUGGAGCUGCGCUGGGAGUUUGCGGGGACCGACGGGGGAGUGCGCCCCCUGGGGGAGGGGAGGCUGUCGGGGCACAGGCAGGCUGCGGACGGGACCUUCACCCAGAGCUCCUGGCUGGAACUGGGGCGGGACGGGCCAGAUCUGGGCCGUGGCGGGGAGGUCACCUGCGUGGCCCUGCACCCCGGGGGCACCCGCCGUGCCACCGUGACCCUCAGCAUCAUAGGGGUCAGGGGCCCCUCUGUUGAAGACUCCAUGGCCAUGGUAGCAGUGGCUCUGGGUCUGUACGGCCUGAUCAAGAUCUUCUCCUGGACAUUUGGCACAACCGGAUCCACAGAGAAGGACUCUGAGUGCAAGAAAGAGAAGUAAAUAACAGAGAACAUGGG